AUGUGUGACACACGUUAUGAGAAAAUGGAUAAUGGUCAGCUGAGUGGUGUUGUUUUCCUUGAUAUUAGAAAAGCUUUUGAUUCUAUUGAUCAUACAAUCUUAUUGCAAAAGAUGAAUGAUCAAUUUGGAAUAAAAAAUGUGGAACUGGAUUGGUUUAAGUCCUAUCUAACUAAUAGAGAGCAAGCAUGCAUUGUCAACGGUGCAAUGUCAUCACCUAAAACGAUUGUGUGCGGAGUUCCGCAGGGAUCAAUUCUUGGUCCCUUGCUGUUUUUAUUAUAUAUUAAUGAUUUCCCCGAAUGCCUCGAAAAAACUUCGCCACACCUAUACGCUGAUGAUACUCAAAUUUCUACUUCUGCCAAAACUAUUGAGGAACUUACUGAAAAUCUAAAUAAUGACCUGAAAAAAGUCGGUGAGUGGCUUGCUCGAAAUAAACUGCAACACCACCCAACUAAGACCAAAUUAAUGUAUAUCGGUUCAAAGUGUAAUACUGAUACUAUGACUUAUGAUAUUCCAGUAAUGAUGAAUAACCAAUUCAUAACUCUUGCUCAUUCAUACACAUGCCUUGGGGUUAAACUUGAUGAAAACCUAAAUUGGCAUGAGCAUGUUGAAAUGAUUUGUAAGAAAGUUGGGGCCGGCAUAGGAGCAAUGCAACGAAUUAAGCCAUAUGUUCCUAUAAAUACCCUGCAUCCAUUUACAGAGCUUUGAUAGAACCGUAUUUUGAUUAUUGUAGUCCAUUAUGGGACGUCUGUAACCAACAGCUGAAAGAUAAGCUUCAAAAGUUCCAAAACCGUGCAGCGAGAAUUAUAACCGGCGCCAGCUAUGAAAUAAGGUCUGCUGAUGUUCUUCGAUCCCUUGCUUGGGAAAAUUUAGAGAUAAGACAACGUGCAACUAAAUCCACAUUAAUGUAUAAAGUCCUGAAUGAUUGCGCUGGGCCGAACUUGAAGGAUGCUCUAACGAGAAGGGACCUUGUUCAAACCAGUUAUAAUCUUCGCAAUACUUAUACUGACCUUACCCUUGCUAAGCCAAACGAGAAUUUCUAAAAAAAGCUUUAAGUAUAGCGGAGCUAAAUUGUGGAAUAGUCUUCCUUCUGAUGCGAAGCUAGCGCAAUCAAUUUAUUCUUUUAAAAACUGCCUGAAAGUUUCACGCUAACAUCCUCUAAUAUACUGUAUAUGCAUGCUUUAGAAAUAUGGGUCACACCGUUUGGAACUUAAUUCUUGUAUUGUAAAUAGUUGUAUAUAAUUCUUUAUUCUUUUCUAUAUCAUAUUUGUAAUUUUUGAUAGUAACAGACGUCCCUCGUGAAAAUCAACAAAUCGUUGACGAGGCUAACGUCUUUAAAUAAAGUUUACAUACAUACAUACAUUAUGGCUAAACGCAGUAGUUUUCGCGUACAACACUAGUGGACAAGAAUCACAACAAACCUCUCCAUUUGAAAUAGUUUUUGGACGUAUUCCAAGAUUACCGUUAGAAUUAGAAUUAGGACUCCCACUGAAAGAUCCAAGUACGCAAUCAGAGUACACUCAGUCGCUUAGGAAUAUAUUUAAGGAGGUGAGGGAGGUAGCAUAUCACAUAUAGAAGCAUGGCGGACGGACGCUUAUUUGUGCGCUCUGACGCCGAAUUAAGCGAUGUUGAAGAGAAUACAACAAGAAAUGUAGAAUCUAAGCGAGCAAAUAACAUCAAUGUCGUUAAGUAUCUUAUUAUUACUGAAAAAGGAAAACUCAGAUGGACAGGUUCUUUCGAGAAUCUCGAAAUACUGAUGAACGAGUUGCUCGAGUCACAGACAAAAUGGUCAUCGCCUGGUGGUCAUUGUAAGCUCCUAGAGAUGGACAACUUCGAAAUGCGGUGGUAUUCAAACAAUUACUCUUUAAUUAUUAAAGGGGAGCAAGAGUAAGUCGAAGAAAUAAACUCUUGGUUGCGAAUAAUGGCCAACCUAGCUGAUAAAGAAACCGAGUUAUCAAACGCUUUUGUCAGUGAAGGAAAUGGCGACAGGGAGGGAGACGGCGUGAAUACAGCCUUUGACCAAAAACAGUCAUAUCAAAAUAAAUUCACAUGAGACAUCGAACUACAACAAAGUACUCGACAGUAUACGAGACCUUAAACUGUGUUUUGUAAACAAAUUCGAUGAGCUUUUGCAGGAAAUUCGACAGUCCAAAACAACAGAAGAAACUAUCAGUGAAGACCGAAAUUCCCUAAUUAAAGCAAAUGGCAAACUGAAGCAAGAAAUCGACAUACUAUCGGACCAAGUCAAUAACUAUAAGUGUAUUGCAUCGGACUUACACACGAAAGUUAAACAACUGGAAGAUGAACAGAAAAGUUUAAUAACAGCCAUAGGCGUACGGGGCCGCUAA